CACAAAAAAAAAAAUCCCAAAAUCACCGCCCUUCUUCCCCUCUUUCGUUACCUCAACCCCUCUUAAACCAGCUAUUUUCCACCACAAGACAAUAUGAGUUUCCAAGCUGGAGGUCGUGGAUGCUUCAACUGUGAGUCUACACAAUUCUUGAAUCCAACCAAAAUAUUAUUCGUGGGCGCGAUUCUGGCUGCAGCGGCAGUUCUCUUGGCCUCUACAGAAUCCUCGAGUCCUGAAGCUCAAGCCAGAAAGUACCUUAUUCCCUGGCUGCCAAGUCAUAUUUGCACCCACAGUCUGAAGAUUUUCCCGGUCGCGCAAGUCUCUUCUCUUGUUCCUAGUCCCAUUGGAAUCGAGUACAAGUUGCUAUCUUUCUUGCCCGGGACGCUUGAGGGGCGGAUCUGGUCUCAGCAUUUUGCACAACAUCUCAAGAGAGUGAAAAUAUCAUUUUACUAUGCACACCUGGAUACUAUAGACACUAAUUCAUUUUCUCCUUUGCAAUCUAGGCGGCGAUGCCUCGCAUCAGGUAAACAUCGCCUACUUCCAGGACAAGUUGGCGGAGAGCAUCAUAUCCCGUCCCCGUCGGCUUGUUCCGUGGCAUUGUCGUUAAAGGAGUCUGACUAUUUUUAGGCCCGCGAUUGCCCCAAGAAGGGUACCCCUACUUGGUGAGGAUUAUCGUUCCUGGUUGAAACAAACUUACUUACCAGUCCUUCACAGCUACAACUGUGGUGGUCAGUUUUCCCACCAGCCCUUCUCGCAUUCACUUUCCCUUCUCGUUAUCUUGACUAUUGGCUACCGACUUCUGGAAGCUACCCAGUUACUGGGCAGUU